GACAUAUAUUGCUUUGAGAAACAGCGAAAGAAAAAGAAACAAAAUUUUGUAGAGAGAAAAAGGAGGAGAUCUAGAAAAGAAAGAGAAGAGGAGAAGAGAAGAAAUAGAGGAAGAGUUCUUAAUUCUUCUUCUUAUUCUUUGAUCUCCUCUCUUUCAGUUGUACGUUUGCUAUAAUCUUCAUAAUCAUAAUUGUUCAUCUUUAUUCGUCACUUGAAAGAUCAUCAGCAAUUGUCAUAAAAUAGUUCGUGAAGGAAUUAAAUGAAUUAAGUUGUAUAAAAAAUGGAGUGGUGGAAUAAAAUGAUGCUUCCAUUAAGAAGAGUCUGGUUUCACCUUGCUGCUCGUCUUGGCAUCCGUAAAAGUGGGUUGUUGAAGCUGAAACAUGAUGUGAGGACGUGUGAAUACGAAGAUGUACACGUAAUGUGGGAAAUGUUAAAAAGAUCAGAAACAGAAAGCAGCAAAGGCUUAAAAUCAUCUUCCUCAACUGCUUCAAUUUCUUCUGCUUCUACUUCAUCAUCAUCAACUCCAAACAGGAAGAAGAGUAAACGCAAUAGUAAUAAUAAGAUGGAGAAGAAACAAAAACCACUGUGGAAGACUUUCAUCUGUGCUAGUCGUGGACCACAGCACCUUUGCGGUACCUUCUGAAAAAACCCACUCUCUGAUUUUAACACUAUCUUUAAAGAAUCUGAUACGACAUAUACUGUGAUCAGUUCUUGAUCCAUCAUCUCUUCGCGGUCCAUACAUCUUCUCUGUUCCUUUGGGACCCAAAAUUUAUGUCAUCUUUCAAGUUACGACAAAAGAAAUGGAUUAUUGGAGAAUGUCGAUUGUGAGAUAAUACCAACCACCAGUACACUAGCUACCACCCUAUAUAUAUAUUAUGCCUUAUGCCUUGCCUAAUCAGAUUCGUGUGUAUAGAUAUCAACAACUUUUCCAAAAAAAAAAACAGUCACAUUGGUGGUGACUUGUGAGCUUAUAAAUUCUUUAUCUCUUCAGCACUUAAACUUCUAAAUCUCUCUCUAUAUGCAGUGUUUUCAGAUGCCCUAUCAAAAUGAGAAAUUUUAUAUUACACUGGGUUUCGAUUUUGAUAGAUUAGUGUUGUGUGUAUGUUAUGUACAUGUUUGGUCACAUUCUUGACAGAAAAAACUUUUAACUAAUGCAGAGCUUUAUAAUAUUCAGAAGGAUUUCUUUCUUUGAUUAUUUUAUACUACUCAUAUAACUUAAAUGAAAAAGCUUACGAUCCCUUAGAAAUAUCUCUGGUUGAAGAAGGAUUGAGAGCUGAAUCUGGAAAACUGUUGGUUAGGAAAUGAGUGAAAUUUAAGAGCUAGGCAGUGUUGUUGAAGAUGACGAUGAUUUCAACAACUUCUUGGUGUUCAUGGGAAACAAAACCAAGCAACUCAGAGUCUCAGAGCUGUAAAAAAAAUGUUGAAGAGGAUAAAGAUUUGGGAUUCCAGCAACAACACAAGGCAAAGCAGUUGGAACACUACGCAAGGUACGUAUAUUGAAGAAUUGGCUUUGCUUCAUAUAUACGAUAACUUGGUGGAAUACAAUUACAGGUUAAUACAGGCUUGUGUUUCAUUGCUAUGAAAUUAAACAAGUCUUUAAUACAGGCUUGUGUUUCAUUGCUAUGAAAUUAAACAAGUCAUUAUGUUCUGUAUGUUGUAUCAUAUUGUAUUUAUCAUGUGAUUAAACGAGGAAUGGUUUUGAGUUGCUUA